GUUCAGAUUGGACGCAGGUUUGAACCUCCUCCGCUUAUCUCGCAUUUCCUUGCGAUAAUACAGCAUCGCAUAGAUCGAUAGGAUACUCCGAGAGUGAUAACGAGUAACGAAAGUAUCCUCCGAGACACGGACAACGUCCUUCAGGAUGUGCAGGACCAUAAGUUUCAGGCUCUCUCUGCUGACGUUGAUGGUUUUCGUGGGCCCGACCGCUGUGCGGGUCGCGGGUUCUCCGGCGGGCGAUAAAACCGGGGGAUUCGAAACGGUCCACACGAGCAACGCGGCCCUUCUCAACAGACUGGGCCUUUCGCCGCUCCGGAUACCGCAAGGGCAUCACAAGAAGCGUUUGGCGGGCCCCGAACCCCCGCCAAAAACUGGGCCCCAGAGUCCCCACCACUCGAGCUACGGACGUAGGCACGGAGGGCACGGGGACAGCCACAUAUACGUUGUGAAGUUGCCCCCGAGUCUGCCCUACUACGCGAUAACGAAACCUCACAAGUCGAUCGGGUCCAACGUCGAGGCGAAUUUCGGUGGGGUGGGAAAAAAUUACAACCCCGUGGGUUUUCACAGCAACGGUAAGCCCGGAAGUAUUUAUCACUGGAAUUUACCGAUGAUGAAGAAGAUCGCGGAGAAAAAACGUAUCGUAGAAGAACGCGUUCAGCUACAGCAACAGCAGCUGAAGAAGAAGAACGAAUCGCAGGUGGAUCGGCCGAAAAUUUCAGUUUCCAAAGAUGAAGAAAAGGUAAAUUCCACGGAUAUGAAGAUGAAGCGGGUCAGGAAUAACGACAAACGUUUAAACUAUAACGCGGAUCAUCGUUUGAGGGACAAAAAUUAUCGUCUGGACGAUUCGAUCCUUUACAAAAUAAGACCGGAAGAUAAAGACAAGGAUCAGAUUAAUCGGCUCGUUUGGAACACCCUCGUGAAUGAUCAAGUACAAAAUUCUAUGUACACUUCCGGCAAUUUCUUGCAGAGACAGAAAAAACACCGGAAAAAAUCCGCCACGUCUUAUUACGCACCGUUCACAACGAAAUCUGGCUCAACCAGUAUACAAAAAAAUUUCUCUGGCAACGGGAAACCCAAGGCUUUUUACGUUAUUGAAAAAAGUCGCAAGCCCGUUUACUACCAUCAUCUUCUUCCCUAAUUCGUAAAUCACACACACGCACGCGUGUCACGUACGAUAUUGCGAUUUACAAGUGAGAAAUUUAUCCAUUCGCUAAUAAUUUAAACGACGCGACGUAACAAAAGCAAAAAUCGAAAAUCAUUCACAGCCGUGACAUUGCAGCGGAAACAGACUGCCAAACUUUUGAUUCUUUCGAGAUUCUUUUUUUUUCAAUCUCUGUUGCUGUUUUUUUUUUCUAUGUUUUUUUUUAAAUAAUCAUUGUUCCGUUUUCGUAAAACGAAAGAAUAUACCUAUUGUGUCAAACUUGAUCAACUGUAUAUAGAUAUACAUAUAUAUGUAUAUAUGUAUAUAUAUAUAUAUAUACAUAUAUAAAUAUAUCGUACAACUAUCGUAUACAAACUUAUAUAUUUAUACCUGAUCGAUGAACGAAAUAUUUAUGCGGUCUUUCCUUUCGUUCACAAAGAGAAUAAAUACGAUAGCUUUUAUAUAAUACGUUAUGCAUAAACACUAUUAAAGAGUGCGAUGAAAGGAAUUGACUGUAUGACAAAACAAAAAAAUAAACAAAAGUAUUGAACUAGCUUACUAUAUACUGAUUACAUUAUUAAUAAUCUAUUAAUAAUAAUAAUAAUAAUAAUAAUUCCUUCGAGUCUUUAACUCGUUCGAAUUCAUUUAGUUAUUAAUAUAUAUAUAUAUAUAUACAUAUAUAAUGCAAUCAAUGCACGAAGGCAAAUUUUCACUUUAAGACUAUAUAAUUAGAAAUAUAAUAUUUAAUACGUAUACAUAUAUCAUAUAGCGGAAAAUUUAUAUUUUAUAAGAUGACUGCGGACAAACGUUUUUCCAUUACCUAUGUAUAGCAUAUAUAUAUAUACAUAUACACACACACAAGAAUGAUUUUGAUUCAACCAUUUUUUUUCCUGUUUUUUUUUUUUUUUUGAUCUGACUCUUUUGCUACGAUACUCCUUCACGGGGUUGAUAUACACUUAAAUAUUAUAAAAAUAUAUUAUUGUAUACUAGGGUGCUUCCGGCCAUGGUCAAUUAAAUGGUACGAAAACUCGCGAUGCUACAGAUAAUUGACAAAAAAAAAAUUAUUUCUACCUGUCAAUUAAAUGGGAAAAUUCCAAAUUCAUUUAGCGAGUAGUUGAAAUUAAAAUUAA